UUUUAACACAGUGUUUAUAAGCACAUUGCACAAUUACAUUCGUUAAUGUGGCAAUGGGACUGAAAGGCAGCGGUGCGCUUUGGAUGACUCCGGAUGGCUUUGCUGGAAAGCAGAACAUGUCAGUGACCGGGGAAUAGGAGCAACAUUUAGGAUCAUAAUUUGGAUGCAGCAAGAAAACCAACUGAUGCUGCAACAUGUACUUCAUUCAAUCAACAUCUUAGGAAAUAAAUAUGUGAGGAUUCGGUUGUGACCAAACCUCAAGACAGGAAAGACACUGGAUGCCAGUGAAAUUAUCAUCGGUCAGACUGUGCUCUCAGUAUUUCGGUUGGUUCCUGCCUGUUAUGAUGCAGUAAUUUCUGGAAGGAAAAAAAAAACUGGCAGUGAUGGAUUUGAAUUUAACAGUAAUUGACAGUGGUUUGUUGGAGAGUGACCAAUCAACAAGAAUUCUCACCGGCUGCUUCCUGUCUCUCCUCAUUCUUUCCACCCUGCUGGGAAACAUGUUAGUUUGCGCAGCAGUCACCAAAUUCCGUCAUCUUCGCUCCAAAGUCACCAACUUCUUUGUCAUCUCACUGGCCGUGUCAGAUCUGUUGGUCGCCAUCUUGGUCAUGCCUUGGAAGGCUGUAACAGAAAUCGUUGGCUUCUGGCCUUUUGGAUCAUUCUGUGACAUCUGGGUGGCUUUUGAUAUCAUGUGCUCAACAGCAUCUAUCCUCAACCUUUGUGUUAUCAGUGUAGACCGGUACUGGGCCAUUUCCAGCCCAUUCCGUUAUGAGCGAAAGAUGACUCCCAAGGUGGCAUUUGUGAUGAUCAGCACAGCUUGGACACUGUCUGUUCUCAUCUCCUUUAUCCCAGUGCAGCUGAACUGGCACAAGGCCCAGCCAGCAAGCUUCCUGUUGCAGAAUACUUCUCAUGGGGCACCUUUAAUGGACAACUGCGACUCUAGCCUCAACCGAACCUAUGCCAUUUCUUCCUCCCUUAUCAGCUUUUACAUCCCAGUGGCCAUCAUGAUUGUGACUUACACACAGAUUUACAGAAUAGCCCAAAAGCAGAUUAAGAGGAUCUCUGCACUGGAGAGGGCUGCUGAGAGCGCCAAGUUCCGGCACAACAGCAUGGGCAGCAACUGCAAUAUGGACUCAGAAAGCUCCUUUAAGAUGUCUUUUAAAAGGGAGACCAAGGUGCUAAAGACUCUGUCUGUGAUAAUGGGAGUAUUUGUGUGUUGCUGGUUGCCGUUCUUUAUCCUUAACUGCAUGGUGCCAUUUUGUGAGCGUGACCUUCCGUGUAUCAGUCCCACCACCUUUGACAUUUUUGUGUGGUUUGGAUGGGCAAACUCUUCUCUCAACCCCAUUAUAUAUGCGUUCAACGCAGACUUCCGCAGAGCUUUCGCCAUUCUAUUGGGCUGCCCUAGGCUUUGUCCAGGUCACAAUGUGAUAGAGACACACAGCCUAAACAAAAAUUGAAAUUAUCCUGCUGCAGUGUUCUCUUCCUCCAUGGGGUCAGAGGGUAUUUUUAUUAUGUGAGGGAACCUGCUCUAAAAUGCAGCCUAUUGCACAUUCCCCAGUGCCAGAACAAUCAUCUGUACAAGAAGGGUGAACGGAUUUGGGAUUACGGCUCUGAGAAGAAAGCCCUCCUGCUGUGCUGGACACCAGUUCUGAUGUUUCUGUUAAGGGGAUAAUCUUUAUGACAGGCAGUGCUCUUGACUCCAAAGACUGAUUGCCUUGAAAUCCUGCAGCUAUGGACUAUUUCAGGCAUGAACAAAUCAUACAACUUCAAAGGAGUAGGCCUUUAGAAAUUCUGUAUAUCCUUCUUUAUGAACAUGUUUUGAUUACGGGACCUUAAGAAUGACAAUGGACAAUGAAGAAUGUUUAUAUGGAAAGGAGUUUAAAUGCGACUGAAACUGUGCAUAAUGAAUAGUCUAGAUAUAAACUGGAAUUGAAAGUAAUGAAUUCCACUGGAAAACCACAGAAUACAAUAGAAAAUGCUUUCUCUUUUUUUAAGUUGAACUGUUAAACUAAAAAAAAGGGCCAAGACUUCACUAGAAAGCAUGGGUGGAUACUCUAAAUGGGUUACCAGGACUUUCAAAGAUAAAAACACAUCAGUGUAAUGUUUAACUUUUGGCAUUCACAUGAAAUGAUUUGCUGUUGACAAAUGUCUUAAGAUGGAUUAUAUUUUUUUUAAUCAAAUGCAACAAAGGUUUGUAGGAAGUAUACACAGAGUGGUAUGAGUGACAGAUGUAAUCUCCAUUAGCAUUUCUCUGCCAAAUGUGUAACACAUCAUCAAAAGUGAUCAGUUGAAAUAGACCUUUCAUGAAUUUAGAAAUUUGAAUCAUGAACACAACUGCCUAUUUGUUACAGAAGUGUCUAUGUAAUAGUUACCACACAUCAUUAUUAUUAUGGCAUCAAUGAGACCUUGUGAUAUAAUGAGUUGCUCAAACCUAAAAUGUUUCGUUGUUGAUCAGUUAGUAGAUACCAGAUUGUAGCCCUACCAUUUAAACUACAAUAACUUACAGAGAGAGAGAGAGAGAGAGAGAGAGAGAGAGAGAGAGAGAGAGAGGUUAGCAUGUUCGCCUCACACCUCCAGGGUUGGGGGUUCGAUUCCUGCCUCCGCCUUGUGUGUGUGGAGUUUGCAUGUUCUAGGUUGAUUGGAAUCUCUGGAAAAAUUGUCCAUAGUGUGUGAGUGCGUGAGUGAAUGAGAGUGUGUGUGCCCUGCGAUGGGUUGGCACUCCGUCCAGGGUGUAUCAUGCCUUGAUGCCCGAUGACGCCUGAGAUAGGCACAGGCUCCCUGUGACCCGAGGUAGUUCGGAUAAGCGGUAGAAAAUGAGUGAUGAGAAUGAUGAACUUACAGGGAAAGGUAGUAAAUUUAUUUCUUGGUCAGUAAUUGAACAUCAAGACGAAUAUAAUCUAGUUGAAAAAAACUGCAGAAAUAAAAUAUCUAUUUUUUAUAACAUACACCUUAAACUUCACGUUAUUCAUAAGAUGAAGCUUUAUACUGUAUGCGGGCUUGUUCCAAAACAAGAGGGCAGAUGGUCAAUUACGAGAUGGUCGUUCCGUGAUUGUCAUAAUGAAUAUGUAUGAUGUUCGUUGGUGCCUAUGCUCCUCUAAACUUGCUUUUCUAUUACCAAACUCUGACAGAUAACUACCAAGACAAACAGAACAGAUGGUCAUUAAAUAUAAAUGCAUAGAUGGAAAUGAAUUCUGAUGAAUAAGCCCCAGUGAAUGUGUAUGUGGUUUAGUUGUAAUUAUGAACACAACUGUUUUCAGAAGAUGCCUAUGCUGCUCAAAGGGUAUUCUACCUUUAUCUCACUAACAAACAACAUCCACUGUUAUAUUAAUUAAUGUGAGUUCUGUGCAAUUCUACAACGUGGCUGUUUCGUUAAAGUGCUUUGGUAACAGGAACUGACGACAUGUAAAGGAAAUGGUGGCUCAUUUUCCUAAAAGUUGACCUCAGUUCCUUAGUUAUUUGAGAGUGAGAAAAUUAUGUAAGCGGCGUGCUUGGAGUGUCAAAGUGUUUACAGAAUGGAUGUCAAUUUGCUCAAGAUGAUAUGUUGGAAGGACAGUAAUGAUCCUGAAGUUUAUCCGUAGGAACACUAUAGUACACAAAUGAACAAGUUAUCAGUAUGUUUUAUCAUCUUACUGUACCAAUGUUGAAAAUGGAAAAAAGUGGCUGUAACACUAC